CAGAGAAAACACAGCGAGAGAAAGGCGAGGAGCGAAGAGGUGAGAGAGAGGAAGAGGAGGGGAGCAGCACCAACAACUGAGUGAGCGAUCAAGGGAAAGAGAGCAAGCGAGUGAGGGACAGAGAGCGAGCGCUCUGAAUUGUGAGUGGCUUACGACACUCAGUGAACAGAAGGUGCUUCUGCAUGCGCUGUCAGUGCACUGGUCUGCUGCAAGGGACCGCGCGCUCCUUCGCCUCCCACGUUUGCCGCCCCUGCCUGCCCACCAGCGGCAGCCUUCAGCCGCCGCUUCCAGCUGGCUGCGAACAACACCCCGGAGAGCGAGGGAGCGAGGGGGACCUGCGAGCCACAGGGGACGCGGGCGGCUUCCCGGCCGAGAUGAGGCACGCAGAUGACGAGGAAUACUGUUGAUCGCUUCCAGUGACGGACGGUGAUAUGCGCCGCCACAUCGGCUAGAACUUAAGCAGCGGAGGAGAAAAGAGCACGGCAGAAAUUUAAAACAUUUUCCUUUUUUUUGUUUUUGUUUUUUUUUUCCCGUUUCACUGGUUGUCUCUUCUCCCCUCUCUGAUCAUUGCAGCAGAGGACUGCGGAGAAGCAAAAGAGACAGAGCUCAUGCAUGCAGACAGGGGAACUUGCACUUCCUACCACCGCGCUGAAAGCUACUUGGAUUCCUUCUCUUUCUGGCUCUUUCACUUGAGGAGAACUAAGACAUUGUAAGCCUGCCAAGGAUCUGGUGUCCACUGAAAAGAGAGAAGGGAGGGGAGAUUUGUACCACAGUGGGGUCUUUUUUAGAUUCACACAUAAUUAGUGUUGGGGGCACAAAGCGAGACGCUGAAUGGAGAUUGUCAGCUUUUGGAUAGGGGUGAGUAGGAAUCUUUUCAAAUAAGAUUGAUCAGUAAGAACAGUUUUUUAAGCCCACUACUCUCCACCCACCGCUUGAUAUAUAACCAAAGCAAAGGAACUCGCCUUUUAUACGCUGCGUUUUCGAGAGGAUUUGCUUGGUCGGCUAUAUGAGACCACUGUCUAGAGCUAAAAUACAGAAAUGGAAGAACAUAAAUUAUUUAAAUAAUAUAAUAUGAUGUGGUAAAUAUAUUGUGAUACAUACAAAAACAACCUCCAGAGUGGUUCAAUGGACAUUUUCUCAGAGACAUCCCUGGAUAUUUAUGCUAAUGGAUUUCCUUCUAAUUGGACUGUACUUAAAGUGGCCACUGAAGAAGCCCCCUGGGUUGAUACUGUGUUCAUUGGGCAUUUUUCUAAGAAUGGUUCCCUUGGUGGAGGGGGUUUGUCCGAGGCUGUGCCGCUGCGACAGCAAGCUGCUAUACUGCGAGGGGCUCAACCUCACAGAUAUUCCCCGCAAUUUGAGCAGCGCCAUGGGCCUGUCCAUGAGAGAGAACAACUUGACUGAGCUGCGUGAAGGCCAACUGGCUGGUCUGUCACAGCUUACCUGGCUCUACUUAGAUCACAACAACAUUGACAUUGUAGAGGAGACUGCUUUUGAGAGGCUAAGACGAGUCAAGGAGUUAGACCUGAGCAGCAACCGGAUUGAGAACCUGCCAAAUGGUACCUUCAGGCCUCUCCCAAACCUGCGCAUCCUGGACCUCUCCUACAACAGGCUACAGGCACUGGAGCCUGACCUGUUCCACGGCCUUAGAAAGCUCACCAAUUUGCAUUUGCGCUACAACGCUCUCAAAUUUGUGCCAGUGCGAAUUUUUCAAGACUGCCGGAGCAUGCAGUUUCUGGACUUGGGAUAUAACCAGCUGCAGAGUCUGGCACGAAACUCCUUUGCCGGUCUCUUCAAGUUGACUGAGUUGCAUCUUGAGCACAAUGAGCUGGUUAAAGUCAACCUAGCCCACUUCCCUCGUCUCAUGGCUUUACGCACUCUGUACAUGCACAACAAUCGCGCCACCAUUGUUGUCAAUACACUGAUUUGGACAUGGCACUUUCUGGAGAAGAUUGACCUGUCAGCUAAUGAAAUCGAGUACAUCGAGCCACAUGUUUUUGAGAGUGCACCCAAUCUCAAGGUGCUAAUGCUAGACUCCAAUCGUUUGACCUAUUUGGACCAGCGCAUCCUGGACUCGUGGUCGUCUCUGGACAGCAUUACCCUGGCAGGGAAUGACUGGGAGUGCAGUCGCAACGUGUGUGCCUUGGCCACUUGGCUGAGUGCCUUCCGAGGCCAGCGUGACAGCUCCCUGCUGUGUUCAAGCCCCGACACCGCGCAGGGCGAGGACGUAUUGGAUGCUGUCUAUGCUUUUCAGUUAUGUGAGGAUUCCCCAAUGGAGGUAACUACAGCAGGCCUGUAUGCUUCUACAAGGGAUCUGGCCCAGGGUGGCUCUGUGUUCCUGGGCCCAUUUACUCCCAACCCUUAUGAGGGUGAGGGUAGUGAGGUGGUCACCAGCUCCUUUGCAGUCACAGUGGGCCACGAUGACCUGGAGAACACCAUGCAGAUUCACAAGGUGGUGACGGGCACCAUGGCGCUCAUAUUUUCCUUUCUCAUCAUAGUGCUCAUGCUGUAUGUGGCAUGGAAGUGCUUUCCAGCUGGGAUAAGACAACUGAGGCAGUGCUUCAGCAGCCAGAGGCGUAAGCAGAAGCAAAAGCAAAGCAUGCAGCAGAUGGCUGCAAUUUCUACCCCGGAGUACUAUGUUGACUAUAAACCCAACCACAUCGAGGGGGCGCUGGUAAUCAUCAAUGAAUAUGGUUCUUGCACUUGCCAACAGCAACCUUCUCGGGAAUGUGAAGUGUGACCCUGCUUUCUCAGUACAUCUUUACCUGUGAUUAUCUGGAUAUACAGUAAAUCCCUUUUUUGGAUACAAUGGGGAGGGAGAUACCGAGGGACAGAAGGAAUAAAGGGAUCUUUUUGACACUUUUUACACAGCGUCUCACUGUGAUGUGGCAGGAGUGUGCUUCAAAUCGCUGACCAUUUUGUGGUGGAUUUAUUGCUACUGCUAUCUCCUGCUUAUUUGAUGCCAUAAUGCACAAUGGGCACGUGACUCUUGGACCUGUCCAAACACAGAGGAAUACAUUGUGGGAACCCGGGCUUUUAUCUCAUGGAUGGAUAAUUGAGCUUUAAUGUGUCUUUCUAUUUCAGGACAUAUGAUAAUUGUUAAUUAUUGUUUAAAAUAAACCGGGGGACUCGCAAAAGAAGAAAAAAAAGACAAAAACAUUUGUAUUAUGGUAAACACGAUAUUUGACAAGCAUUUAAAAUAUAAAAAAAUAUGUUAAGUUGGAUUAAAAAUGUAAAAAUAAAGGUCUGUGUAAAAUACGAUAAAAGAAGUGCAAGUGUGGACAAAAGAUUAAAGAUAAUCUAUUUCUUUUGUAAAAUACAAAACAGAAAAUGUUUAAAUAAAUGACUUGCUAUUCACAGUAUUUGUACAUGAGAAGCCUGUCAGAGAAGAUGGCUCACAACAGACACAGUCGUGUGUGUCGAAUGCUCAUGGACUGGAGAGCUGUGUCUCUGCAGUGUACUGAACCAAAAAAAUAAAAAAAACCUUCAAUGAAAUACAAGCAAAUGAAAGAGGCAGAGGGAAAUCUGCGUCUCACCUCCAAUGUAAAAUCCAUUGUCUGAAUUUUAGAACUCUUCUCUGCUAUAACGCUCAUAUUUGUUGUUUUAUCAUUCACUGUGUUGGCUCACUAUCAGUGUAGUUUCUUUCCCCUUGCCAUUGCCUCUCUGUGAAUGGAUUUAUAUGAUCUAUUACCUGUUAAUUCGUUAGCAUAUUUUCAUAUUAUUAUAUUCCUAUUUCCACUGUAACAUUCGAGUAAAGAAAGCAGAGGUUCAAAAAUCUAAAGCUAUGCCUCUUAUUGCUUCUCAGUCUUUGGCCUUCAUGGGGGAGCUGACGCCCCGUUCACUGAAUCAAGCACACUUAAGAAAACAAUCAUCGAGACCAUGCUUACCGAAAUCAGAAUACAAUACAAAGAGUGUCCGAGUCGCUGAAGGAAGCAUCAACCAGCCUACUGAAGGAUUUGCACAUACAGUAUUCCUCAUUGUGUUUUCAUGUGAUGUGAAAUGUUUGUUUAAUACAAUGCCAUUUGAGGUGUAUAUAUUCCAUUCUUCCUUGUUCAUUGUGUUAAUUAGUGCACUGACAGAUGUUGUGGUUCCUGGGUCCUCUGACAUGAGCAGGAUGUUGUGCGAGGUGGAGGGGGUGAGAGGGAGAUGGAGGAUGGCGACGGCUGCAGAGAGAGGGAACAGACUGCUCUCUAGUGUGCACACGCUCAUACUGUGGCUGCGUUUUACCUAAUGUGCACCAUAUUCUGUUCACAUCCACAGCAGGGAUAACGUCAAUACAAUGAAUUUGCAGCUGCUUUGCUAAAAAAAAAUGAAGAAAAUCAGUGCAUCAGUUGGCUUUUUUGUGUGGUUUAUGAUAAAUUAAGAUAAUCGUUCUAACUUGUAAAUCUACAGGAAUAAAAAUGUUUUAAGAACUCAGACAA